AUGAAAACUUAUGGCAUCGUUCUUAUAGCUUGUGGGUCUGUGAUAGCGGCUGUGAUGAUUUUAUGGUGUGUUUGUAAGUUUGGAAGAAGUCGUAAAAAGAAGACAAUUACAUAUAAUAUACCCAAACCCACUCCACAAAGGAGCCUUGAUAUUGAACGUGGCCAAUUACCUAAGAACAAUAAUAAUGGUGGGAUGACUAUUCUUGGUGGAGCAGCUGCGGGUUUAGCUACAGCUGCUGUUGUAACCAAUUUAAGCAGCAGUGGCGGUGGCGGUGGCGGCGGUGGUGGAGGAGAUUCUGGUAGUGGUGAUGGCGGCGGUGGGGGAUGUGGCGGUGGAGGCUGCGGUGGCUGCGGAGGUGGCUGUGGAGGUGGCUGUGGAUGA